AUAAGCUGGGUGACAUUUGGAACAGAGCAUCAUUGGAGACGUGAACGCAAGUCAAUGUUAAAUCCUGAAAGUUGUUUUUUUUUUUUAAUAUAUGUUUAUCUAGCAAGGAACAUAACGAAAUGGCGGCGUGGGGUCGUCGACUUCUUCAGCAGGGAACUCGUCUGAUUUCUCUGCGAGCAGCAACUGAAAGUUCCAUUCAGUCUGUAACUUGUGUCCGGACCAUGAAGACGACAACAUGGUUUGAUGAGCACCUCACAGAAGAGAACCAACAAUACUUACGGAGAGAAGCAGCCGAGGAAUACAGACAACAGACCGCGGACAAGCUCAACCCGCUAAAAGACGAACCAUGGCAGCGACAUGAGUGGAUAGACGGCAGUCGAAGAGUUGGGCUGGUAGCUGUGAAGUUGGGGAUGGCUCCUCUGUGGACAAAAACUGGAGAAAGACAUACCGUCACUAUGUUGCAGGUUCAGGACUGCCAUGUGAUACAGCACUUGUCUAAAGAAGAAUUUGACGGACGCACCGCUGCUCUUAUUGUAGGAGGAAAAAACGUCUCGCCAUUCCACAGAUCUGAAAAGCGAAUGGAGAUGUUCAUGAAUGCAGGAGUGCCUCCAAAACAGAAACUCGCCACUUUUAAAGUCUCAGACAACGCUAUCAUUAAACCUGGCACUCCUUUGUAUGCUGCACAUUUCCGCCCAGGCCAAUAUGUGGACGUCACGGCCAAAUCUAUUGGUAAAGGCUUUCAGGGCGUGAUGAAGCGUUGGGGUUUCAAAGGUCAGCCAGCCAGCCACGGACAAACCAAAACACAUCGCCGACCUGGGGCUUCCGGACCUGGAGGAGAUCCAGCCAAAGUUUUUAAAGGAAAGAAGAUGCCGGGAAGAAUGGGAAACAUCUAUGUCACAGCUUAUGGACUGAAGAUAUGGAGAGUCAAUACCAAGCACAAUGUGCUGUAUGUUAACGGCUCUGUCCCUGGCCACAGGAACUGCUUACUGAAGGUGCGGGAUAGCAAUCUGCCGAACAGGUUGCCCACACUGCGCAGCCCUCCUUUCCCCACCUUCUUCACGGAGGAGGAAGGCGACCUUGAUGAAGACCUCUACGACGAGGACAUGUUCAUUCACACAGAGGCGUCAUUGUCGCUCACCUGACUACGCACACUCUUAUACCAUCUAAUGUUAUUGUGAACUUCCAAUAAAGUGUA